UUUAUUUUCUUUCUACUUUGUAUCCCUUUCGCUCAAAUUCUGGAACCCCACCACCUUAGGCUUUCUUCCAUCUUCUCUUUAAUUUACAUAGCACACACGUCCCUCCCUUUACGCUUCUGCAAUUCAAAACCAGUUUUGGCGCCACUCUUUUGUGCUUUAUAUAUAUGUGUGUGUAUAUACAUAUAAUACAUCCCUCUGUUUUUGUCUAGAAGAAAGUGCCCAAUAAUAUAAUUCUUUCUUUGUUAAUCCGAUUGAGUUUUCUUGGAACCUUGGAGUGAGGUUUUAAGGUGGGUGCAGAAAAUGGUGAAAAGGUCAUCCAUUGGAAGCAUUGUGAGGAAGAGGCUGUCAGACAUUAGAACCUCUCUGCCACAGCUCAAACCCUCAAUCGAUGUCGAAAUGGGUAACCGUUCGACAAAGGACUACGUUGAUGAUCUUAUCAAGGAAAACAUUGCAUUGGUGAAACUCAUUCAAGACAGGAACAAAAUAAUAGAAAUGACUGGAAUGGAGCUUAAGAAACUGAGAGUUGGAGUUGAGAGAGUGCAGCUGCAGAACUGGAACCUUGCUCAAUCCAACAGUCACAUGUUGGCUGUAAGUAGUGUCUGUUUUCAACUAUUUGAACUUUGGUCACUAACUUCCAGACUCUUUUCAGCAAUGGGAAGUUCAGCUACCUCCCAGCAAGCUGCAGAAAAGGGAUCCACAGAAAAUAAAAGGUCAGCUUUCUUGAUAACAUACAGUAAUGCAACAGCAAAAACCAGCUUUCUGGUGAUAAUUUUCCCUAUAUUGAUUAUCUUGAAUCCUAAUAUGUAUAGGCAUUGUUUGAGGAGGCAAUCUGCUUGCCCCAGAAUGCAGCAGCAAGAGCCAGCCAAGAGGGUGUCUGAAUUUGAAGAUAUUGCGAGGCAAUAUGACAGUCUAGCUCGUGCUCAGGAAGAAGAUCUUGCUCCUCCCUUGGAACACAAAUCUUGCUGCUCAAAGAGAACUGCUCUUGGAAGACCGUUGCGCAGAGCAGCCGGGAGGGUGCAGUCCUACAAACAAGUCCCUCUUAAUAUCAAGAUGAGAAGAUCAGAUUGA